AUUAUUAUUUUUCAAAACUCGAUUGGUAGCUAGGCAUACAUUUCGGGUUUCGAGGUUACCUGAAAUAGAGGAAACGCCUUAAAACUAAGGUACUCUAGUGUCCCAAGCUCAAAUCAACUCUUGCUCUUCAACAAGGUGCAGCGGACUCUCUGUCAGUGUUGAAAGUUAAAACACUAGCCGUUUCCUUUCAGAAUUAAAAUUAAGAACUUAGCUGAUAAGAAAUGGAGAGCUUCAAGAAAACCAAUCUCCUACCAAUAGUUUGCAUCGUCCUUCUUCUCACAGGACAAGGUGCUGAUGCAUUUUUGGUGCCAGUAUUCGGCAGUAUCAUCGGGGUCGGUGCUGCAACGGUCGCUCUACCCGCAGCCCUCGGGGUGGCAGGAUUCACCGCAGCGGGGAUAACGGCUGGGUCGAUGGCCGCAGGAAUGAUGUCAGCAUCAGCAAUAGCAUCGGGCGGAGGGGUUGCUGCAGGAAGCGUUGUAGCGGUGUGUCAGUCAGUUGGAGCCGCUGGAUUGUCAUAUGGUGCCAUUGCGGCAGCGGGCGGCGCCGGUGCCGCAAUUGCCAAUGCUGCCGGUCCUUAAACAACCACUAUAGUAUAGGCAUACUUAUUUAAACUAAAGCAGAAUGAUAAGGAUGAGGUCCUCUUAUAGAGAUCAAUAUAUGACAACGUUAUUAUUCUAAGGACAUAUACACAUGUGUAUCAGUUAAGACAUUCUUGGUAUUAAACCCUACACCUAAAUAGUGUUGGAAAAAUAAAUGCAGGCAUUUUAUGGCGAUAGCUCAUAUAAUUCAUUAGAUCUACAUGUAUUUCAUUUUAUUCAUAUACCUACAAAUAUUUUAUCUACUUAAAAGAACCUCAACCUGCUAACAUGAAACGAUUUUAAGUAAUUACAAAAUCAGCUCAUUUUAACAAAGAUCGAUGGUAAAACCACCACCCCAACUAGUUCUUGUGAUGAUUUAUUGCACAGCAAAAACGGUGGUGUUAACCAGUCACUGUGUACAUAGAGGACCACACCAGUUAUUUUACAUCGGUGUUAAAUUGGUGAUGUUAGUUUUACACAUAUAGGUGUUAUGGUUGUUACAUUUACACUCUUUGGUGUUAUGUUCAAUCUCUAGGGUGUUAUUUAACACCUCGGGAUGUGGUCCUCUAUUAACACCAAUUGGCGUCAGUUUUGACACCACAGUGUUUACAGUGUGCAUAGGCUUCUUUCUUCAAUUCCAUUCCAGCUAAUCGAUAAGCAAGUUCACAAUUUAGCUCAUGAUCAUCUAAUCUCAAAUGACCUUUUUAAUUUUCACAAAGAUGAGCACUACAUCUCUUUAAGGCAAAACAUUCAAAUUCUAAGAACGGAAAACGAGUGACAAGAAUAGCACUUGAAGGGUAAAGUUUGGAAAGCUGUUUAUUUUAUUUUAUUGUCUGCUUUUGGCACAUUUGACUAAUAGUUUGGGCUACUGUCAUAUACCAGUGGUUAUGAAGAAUUUGGGUCUUCCACACGUGAAUCUUGAAUCAUCAUUGUAAUGAUGGUUGCUAUUGUAAUUGUAAUCGUGACUGUGAUUAACGUUCAUGAUUCUAAUCAUGUUCUAGUUUGGUUUCACACGUGCUAUGUAUUCGUCAUUAGCCUUAUUUUUUUUACUCCAAUCAUCAUUCAAAUUACGAUUUUAUUUACCGUGUGAACGGGUGGUUUGUUACUCUUCAGCUUGGAUGUGAUUGAACAAAUAUUUUAAAAGUAAUAUAUGAAAAAUCAUCAAAACACAAUUAACAAUGUCAGUGAAUUUGAAAACCACCUUCAUCAAUUCAUGGUUUUUGACCUUUUACUGCUCUUGCGCAGUUAACUACCAUGAACAGGCCUAACAAAUCAAGUUCAAGAUUACAAAAUUAUUUUGGCUCACAAAUAGUUUCAAAGGUUUCUCUCAAGAAUGAUUAUUCUUUAUUCCUUCCAACCACCCUUGAACUCAUUAGAAUAAAUUUGAAGCAGUCGGAGUACAAUGCUCAAUUCGUUGCUGUAUUGAGAGAUGGGGGGGGGGGGGGGGGGAGAAAGAACAUAAGGGGAAAUUCAGAUUUAGGGACGCACCAUUAGAUAUCCAAGAAUGGGGGGGGGGGCUGGAAGUCUUUCCAAAAAACACAUUGACUUGCUAUAUGAGCAAAAAAAAAUUGACUCAGAGU